CGCUGGAGCGGGCGGGAAGCGCGGCUGCCCGCUCCCUGCGCUCCUCGGGCUGGGCGCGGGGCUCUCGCCGCCGCUCGGAGGAAGAGGAAGUGGCCGCGGCCCCCGGCCGGCCUGAGCGGGAGCGGAGCCGCCGCCCCGGCCUGCGCCGCACAAACUUUGUGGCGGGCGGCGGGGCCGUGUGGCGGAGCGGCGCUGCCCGGCACCUCCCCGUCGCGGAGCCGAGGGGGGAGCGGCCCCGGAGCGCGGCGGGCGGGCACGGGCGACAGCCGGAGUAGGAGGAGGAAACGCUGUCAGCGGGGCGGGCCGUCUCCGCCCGCUGGGCAUCCUUCAGCACCACCGGGCUGCGCUUCGCCCGCUGCCUGCCCCAGGAGCUGCUGAAAUGGGUUGUGGGUUGAACAAGUUAGAGAAGCAUGAUGAAAAACGACCUGGUAAUAUCUAUUCAACUUUGAAGAGGCCCCAGGUAGAAACCAAGAUAGAUGUUUGCUAUGAAUAUCGAUUCUUGGACUUCACGACACUAAAUGAUACUGAGCUGCCAGGAUCAUCUGCAAUCAAGCUCUCCUCCUUGUAUGAUCUUCCAGCUCAGCUGGAAGAAUUGUACCAGCAGGGCUUUGUCUUGGCUGCUGUCCACCCUUUUGUGCAACCAACUGAUGAGAAAGAGAAAACUCCCCAGGAACAAAUCUUCAGGGCUGUGCUUAUCAAGAAAACAGAAAGGUCUUCAAAAGGUGACAUCAACAGUGACGGAUAUGUGUUGGAGGUAGAAUGCUGCUCCUCUUUAAACCACCUUUCAGAGAAAAAGGAGAUCCCUGAUUUUAUUAAGAAAAUUCAAGAUGCUGCAAGUCAAGGCUUGAAAUUUGUUGGAAUUAUACCUCAGUACCAUUCCCAAAAGAACUGCCUUGUCAGCGCCUCCCUGACACCUGCCAGUAACAACUCUGUGCAAUCAAGAGAUAAUAAAAAUGUUUCAAAUUGCUCCGAGGAUCAUGCUUCACUGGAUGGUGAGAAAAAAGACAGUACUGAUGGAUGCAGUACUCCAGCAGAGAGUGAGCGAAGUGCUGACCAAUGUGCCACAUCCAGAGAGGGCUGCAGAGGUGAAGGACAGGCUACUGAAGAGCUGAAUUCCAAGUCUGUGAAGGGAAGUGAAGAACAGUCUGAGCAUGAGAACCUGAGUGUGAAAGAAGCAGCAGACAAGACGAGUGGACUUGCAGAGAAUGAAACGCCAGCACGAUGUUUAAAGCCACUUACUGGCAAAGCAGAGAUCUUCGCUCUCUUCAACAAGCCCCAAACCCCACAGAAAUGCAGCCAGUAUUAUACAGUGACUAUCCCUAUGAGGAUCUCCAGGAAUGGGCAGACUGUCAACAGCUUAGAAGCAAACUGGCUGGAGCACAUGACAGAUCACUUCAGGAAAGGAGGUUCACUGGUAAACGCCAUCUUCAGCCUUGGAAUGGUAAAUGAUUCUUUACACGGGACAAUGGAUGGAGUAUUUCUCUUUGAAGAUUUUGCUGUGGAAGACAGUAAAACCACUCAGGGCUAUGAUGCAAUUGUGGUGGAGCAGUGGACUGUCUUGAAGGGAGUUGAAGUGCAGACAGAUUACGUUCCGCUGCUGAAUUCCCUUGCCAUGUACGGCUGGCAGCUGACGUGUGUGCUUCCCACUCCCAUUGUGAAGACAAACAGGGAGGGGAAUUUAUCUACAAAGCAAAUUGUAUUUCUUCAGAGACCUUCUUUGCCCCAGAAAGCAAAGAAGAAAGAAUCUAAGUUUCACUGGAGGUUCUCCAAAGAAGACAUGCACAACAGAAAAAUGAAGAAUUCCACAAAGGCUAAAUUAAGUACUAGGGAGAAGCAACGGGCACAGGAGAAGCAGGAAUUUGAAGUCACAGAGAACACGAGAAACUUAGAAGCACAAAUCUCAAGGGCAGCCAAGCCUGAUGCAGAGCAGCAGCCAGCUGAUGUCAUAGACUUGGGAGAGGAGGUAGCCGGGACCAACGGCAGCGGUGCCCAGCACGACGGGGCGUCAGCGGAGAUGUGUCCUGCCAGCUGUGACACUGGUGACAAUGCUGGGCAGGCCUGCCUGAGCCAGAGCGUGCCCGGCUGCCCUGCGGGGGAGGCCGCGGAGGGCGGGGGCUGCGCGCCGGGGCCGGAUGGCUGCAGUGGCACUGACGGGGCAGCAGUGGACAUGGACUGCUCCUGCGAGUAAGCCCUGCUUUUCAGGAACCCUGUGAGUGGCCAAUACUUUGCCAAGACAAAGGAACAGAUUUUGAUAAUCCCCACCACUAACUCCAUUGCUCAACUCACCAUUUCUUUUGCAUUUCUUUGACUUACUUUGCUCCUUAGCACUCUGGUAUCUUAAUGUUUUAAGUAUCUGCAGGGCCCAGAUUUUUCAACCCACAGAAACUGCAAAAUUCCUUUCACUGUACGUAGUGGGAAAUGCUCUCCUGGAGCUACACUUUAAAUUAAAAAGUAGGGAGGGAUAGAAAUAAUAUCUUUUUCUAUGACCAACCUUAGCAAGCUAGCUUUGAGCCUGGGUCAGGGCAAGUGUUCUGUUCGGUCAGAUUUUACUGUGUAGUACUUUCUUGUCCAUGUAGCUUUUCUGGAGAAGUUAUUGUGCCAGAUGUUAUUUUGUCACUAGGCUUGUAGUGUCUUAUCCAAAUGAUAUUUGGACUUCAAGAGGUUGAAACUGAAGUUGGAAAGCUUAGAUAAGAUGGCUGUUAUCCAUAUCUUUCUCCAGGAGCGUAGUCACUGAUGAUACUCUCUUCUGAAUUUUAUUAACCCUUGCAGAUCUUUAAGCAGUAAGCAGAUGGUGUACCUGUUCAGGCACAGUGGGUAAGCAAACCCCAUGGUGAAUCUGUGAGGUGGAUGAUUCCAGUACAAAAUGCAAUUUCCUAUUUGGUCUUUGCCAAUCAACAGAUCAUCAGUAGCUGUGGGGGCUUCAGAAGACAGAAAAUCAGGAAACGAAAAGGCAGGUAAAAAGUACUUCUGUCAGUGGUUAUCCUCACUAAAAGUGGAAUUAGAUGUUACCUCCUGACCUUUUCCAGGUGCUUUAGCACCAGUUCCUCACUGUUAUGAAAUGCCUUGUGGUAAAGAACUGAAAUUGUACACAGUGGUCUGUGGCCAACAAAUGUCACUAAAUGACCUUCCAAAAUAAAAAUACCUUAACAGACUGUUUUCUGGGUACAAGUAACCAUAUUCUGGGACUGAUACCUAAGGGAAUUCUGUAAAAUUACCAACAUUUUUAUGUUUGAAGCUACAUAAAAAUAUUUACAAGUGAAUGUACAUGUAAUAUAGUUUCUGUGCCAGUGUUCUCCACGUACUUCAGUAUUUUUACAAAUGUGGGAAGGAGUGGUUUCUCUCUUCUUAACCACCUUCAUCCGUAUUUAGAAGUGGUCAAGUAAUCUGGUAACAAGAGGAGAAACACAUUGUAAAUUCCCCUGCCUUUUUUGUUUUAAAGCAAGAGGUAGAGCUCUGUAAGUGAUUUGCUGUUUUUUCCCUUGACUGAUUUGUGCUUGAUAAUUUUCCUUUGUCUGCAAAUCAAAAUGCUGUAAAAAGGACUGUGUUCUGUAUCAGAUGUGCACCUAGAGUGGUUCAAAAGCAUCUUUCAUGCCUAAAAAUUACUCAGUUGGCAGAACAUUGCAGAGAAGGGAAAAAUUACAUCACUUAAAUAUUCAUUUAAUUGGGAUGAAGGCACUCAAGUUUAAACCAUUUGAUUUCACACACACAAAGCACAGUGGUAUAGUUUUUCAUUGAUUAAAAAGUGUUUUAUUUUGAAUUCAGUGGUUUAACCGGAGGACUGUAAGUAACUUCAGUUUCUGAUGCUAUUUUUGAAUUGUUUCAUUUGGUAUUUUAAGAUUACACUGGCGUUCCAAUAGCCUCAAAAAUAGGUUGCUGCAGUUGUUCUGCUUAAAUACAAGGUCUCUGCUCUGUACAAUUUUAAGUUCCUGUUUGCAGAUUUUUUUAGCAUAAGAUCCUUUUACUGAUGGUUUCUAUCUCAAGGACCAGCCUUGUAUUAGUCUUGUUUAAAAAGGUCACAAUAUUUAAUGAACGUUUUGCUAGUAGAAAGUGUUGAAGUAGAAAGACUUCUCCAAAUACUUUUUAAUAGAAAACGUUUAUUGGAUUGCAAUUUGACCUUGUUUAACUGAACCCCAACUGCUUACAAAACUGAAGAGAAAUAAAGGUCAUGAGGAGAUUCCUUA